AUGAGGGGUAACAAGUCCUUAGCAACACUUAAUUCACUUGUAACUAGAUAUCUUCAAACCUCAAACCAGGGUGAGAAGGAGCCUAGACUUUCAAACAGAAGCCCACCCAUGAAGCAAGGAAAGUUGACAUGGGGGAGCAUUGGGGCAACUGAGCUGGGACUAUUUCUAUAUCAAGAUUGCUUCAUUUCGUCGCUCGAAGAUUUCGGACGGCGCUUGUCACUCACAAGAAUGCACGGAGCCAAUGGCCAAUCGCUCAAUCCUCAAUCUCUGCUGGGCGUGUUAGCUUCAGUCCUAGCCACAAUAUUGGCCCAAGCAAUGUGGUGGCCCGUCAUCCUCGCGGCCAGCGCAGUCAAGUUCGGACCAUGGGCUGGUGGGCACGGUUUCUGUUCCCAGAUGAGGGCCAAAACCAUCUGGAGUGGACUCAAGCCUAAGACAAGCAAUCACUCAUGCCACGCCUGUGAAGCACAAGGUCUUUCACACUCAGGAGCGGCCAUUCCAGCCUCCACGAAAACGCCCAUCCUAAACAGCGAGGGCUUCAAUCUCACCGGCAAGAGAGUUCCAGUUGAACCAGGCGUCGCUGAUGGAUUGACUAGCAGCCCGGGCGGGUGCAGAUGGAGAGUAUCCCAGCUACUUUAUCUGCCAGACAUGCAAAACCACGGUUUGGGGCAGUGUGGGGGAAACCCCGUUCACCAACUCGAACCCUGGGAGAGUUUUGGGGGGAGGAAGAAGAAGGGCAGGAAAGGGGUGACAGGUGCGAACAAAAAGGCCGAGGAAUACAAGAUCGAGAUCCAUCUUGGAGAUGCGGAGGUAUAG